GUCCGUAUGGUCUAUUGCAGUAUAUGAUAACCUUGCACCUGCAUCUCACAUGAUUGACAGGGAUUAUCGCACUGCAUUGAACAGAAUCUCUGCCCCGCAGACCCUCUCUGCCAGUACGACAUCCACAGUCAUCUCCAUGUGGAAAGGUUCUUCCCAACACUGCGAUCCAUCUGCCUUUCAAGAUUCAGGAAUGGCCACUUCAACAAUGCGAGGGCUCCUCGACUUGCCAACUGAACUGACCCACCUAAUAGCGCAAAAUCUCGACACUCUUGAUCGUAUGCGGAUGCGAAUAUCGUGCCCAGCCCUCUACGCCAUAAUCCCCCCACCCACCCUAAGCGAGCUGUUCAAACUCGAGUACACUGACUUGGACUGCCUGCUAAACUUUUACACAUGCGCAACCUGUAAGCGGCUCCGACCGAGGGGGGAAUUCGCCGACAGUAUGGUGAAGAAAAGGCGAUCCAAACUCUCUCUUUCCCAGGAUGUCCGCAAGCGGUUCUGCGUUGAUUGUGGUAUCGAACCAGACCCUAUAUAUGGCUCUAGACGGUAUACACCUGGCUCUCAGAUUGCUAUAUUCGGGCAGCAGUAUGCCGUUUGUCGGUCUUGUUGGGAGUUUGAUGAGGCUGCUGUGGAAGAUGGGCGGAAUACGUCCGAGUGUAUUCCGUGUCGGACGAUUCCGGGGGCAAGGGAGCAGCAUGCUAGGAGGAUUGAAGAGGAAAGGAGGGCGCGCGAGCUAGCGGGGAUACCACCGGCCAUGAAGUUGCACCUAGAAGCCCCCGGGGCGUAGGGCUAUGCGCUCCGAUGGAUUACGAGGAUACCGAGUAGACCCCGACGAGAGUAAGGUUUUGUUUGAUAAUGCGGAUGUUAUAUGAGUACUCCUACACCCAUAUCUGACUAGCUUCUGCACAUGUAGUUAUGUCCAUGAUGCUAGAUACACCUGGUAUACCGCGAAACUGAUGCUUGAUGAUGAGUUCAUAUUAAGGUUGAUGGCUCCACACCC